AUGGCUGCCGUGCUUAGAACGCCGUUGGUGUUCCAUUCUUCGCCGGUGGCGGGUCCUCGCUCCACUCACCCCAAGGCCCCGAGGAGUCUUCUGUCCUUCUUGUCUACCCAGAGGGCUUCGUGUGCGUUGAGGCUACAGCGAUCCCCUCUCGCCGACCAUCCUCUCCGCUUCCAACGGUUUCGCCCCUUCACCGCAUAUGGGGACACGGCGAGAACCGAACAGGUGGCUGAAGUUGUGGAAAAGGAAGAUUCUGAUGAUGAAAUUUCUUUGGAGGAUGGAACAACCAACACCCAACUUAUUGAUACCGAAGAAACAGUUGCUUCAACUGUAUUGCUCUCACUGCAGUCAUAUAGAGAUGCUUUGGCUAAUAAAGAUUUAUCAAGAGUUGCUGAAAUUGAAGCCAUUCUUCUUUCAAUUGAAGAUGAGAAAAACUCUCUUUCAACUAAAAUUGCAUCUUUAUCUCAAGUAUUAUCAACAGAAAGGGACAGAGUUCUUAGGAUCAGUGCUGAUUUUGACAACUUUAGAAAAAGGACAGAGAGAGAGAGACUUUCUUUGAUGACAAAUGUGCAAGGUGAAGUGAUAGAGAGCUUAUUGCCUGUUUUAGACAACUUUGAAAGAGCUAAGUCUCAAAUAAAGGUUGACACUGAGGGAGAGGAGAAAAUCAACAACAGCUAUCAAAGUAUUUAUAAGCAAUUCCUUGAGGCUCUGACGUCUAUUGGCGUGGAAACUGUGGAAACUGUUGGGUCUCCCUUUGAUCCGUUGCUUCACGAGGCUAUAAUGCAAGAGGAAUCAUUGGAAUUCGAGGAAGGCAUCAUAAUUCAAGAAUUUCGUAAAGGUUUCAAACUCGGGGAGAGGCUGUUGCGGCCGUCCAUGGUGAAGGUUUCUGCAGGUCCAGGCCCAGAAAAAGUGGGGGAUGACAUUGUAAUACCAGAUGAAGAUGGUGAAGCAGUUGAAAACAUCGAAGACGAUAUUGAUUCCUGAACCAUGGAAAGUUCACAGUUUCAUUCUGAUUGAUAUAUACAGUCUAUUUUGCUAAAUAUAGAUGAUAUAUUUUUUUCCAUAAGGAAACUUGAUGGGUGAAUUCUGUGAAACCUUCUCCUGCAGUAUUGUAGUCAUCAUUACUCAUCUUUAGCUAAUACGGAAUUUUGACUGUUGCUUAGUUCAGCCGAUUAAGCAAGAGAACUGUCAAGUUCAUCCGGCCUGAUUCAAAUAUUGAAACAGUUAGCUAUAUAUAAUUUUUACUCAUUUCAGAGGUGCUCUCAUGUAGUUGA